CCGGGGGGCUGCGGCCGCCGCCGCUGCCAUGGGGCUGCCCACGCUGGAGUUCAGUGACUCCUACUUGGACAGCCCGGAUUUCAGGGAGCGCCUCAAGUGUCACGAGAUCGAGCUGGAGAGGACGAACAAGUUCAUCAAGGAGCUGAUUAAGGACGGCAGCCUCCUUAUCGGGGCCCUGCGAAAUUUAUCUAUGGCAGUACAAAAAUUUUCACAGUCUUUGCAAGAUUUUCAAUUUGAGUGUAUUGGAGAUGCUGAAACUGAUGAUGAAAUUAAUAUUGCCCAGUCAUUGAAGGAGUUUGCUCGUCUCYUGAUUGCUGUUGAGGAGGAGAGAAGACGACUGAUCCAGAAUGCUAAUGAUGUGCUAAUAGCACCACUGGAGAAGUUUCGAAAAGAGCAAAUAGGAGCAGCAAAAGAUGGGAAGAAGAAGUUUGGCAAGGAAAGUGAGAAAUAUUAUUCCAUCUUAGAGAAGCACUUAAAUUUGUCAGCAAAGAAGAAAGAAUCUCAUUUGCAAGAUGCAGAUACACAGAUUGACAGAGAACAUCAGAACUUUUAUGAAGCAUCAUUAGAGUAUGUUUUUAAAAUUCAAGAAGUACAAGAAAAAAAGAAAUUUGAAUUUGUAGAACCUCUCUUGGCCUUUCUUCAAGGAUUAUUUACAUUUUACCAUGAAGGAUAUGAACUGGCUCAGGAGUUUGCACCAUACAAGCAACAGCUGCAGUUCAAUUUGCAGAAUACUCGGAAUAACUUUGAAAGCACGAGGCAGGAAGUGGAGAGACUCAUGCAAAGAAUGAAAUCAGCCAACCAAGAUUACAGACCACCGAGUCAGUGGACAAUGGAAGGCUAUCUUUAUGUGCAGGAGAAACGACCGCUUGGAUUUACAUGGGUAAAACAUUACUGCACUUACGACAAAGGAACAAAAACUUUUACAAUGAGUAUAGCUGAAACAAAAUCUGGUGGAAAAGUGAAUGGCCUUGUCACAAGCUCACCAGAAAUGUUCAAGCUAAAAUCUUGCAUCAGGAGAAAGACAGAUUCAAUUGACAAACGCUUCUGUUUCGAUAUCGAAGUAUUUGAGAGACCUGGAAUAAUCACACUGCAAGCUUUUUCAGAAUCCAACCGAAAACUUUGGCUSGAAGCUAUGGAUGGAAAGGAACCAAUCUACACACUGCCAGCCAUUAUUAGCAAGAAAGAAGAAAUGUUCUUAAAUGAAGCAGGUUUCAACUUCGUGAGGAAAUGUAUUCAUGCUGUAGAAACAAGAGGUAUUACAGUCCUGGGGCUGUACAGAAUAGGUGGUGUAAAUUCCAAGGUGCAAAAGUUGAUGAAUACCGURUUUUCUCCUAAAUCUCCUCCUGAUAUGGAUAUUGAUAUGGAACUUUGGGACAAUAAAACAAUAACAAGUGGACUAAAAAACUACCUCAGGUGUCUUUCAGAACCACUGAUGACUUUCAAGCUGCACAAAGAUUUCAUUGUUGCUGUUAAGUCAGAUGAUCAGAACUACAGAGUUGAGGCAGUGCAUGCGCUUGUGCAUAAAUUACCAGAGAAGAACAGAGAGAUGCUGGACAUCCUUAUUAAGCACUUGGUCAAGGUAUCAUUGCACAGUCAGCAAAAUCUAAUGACUGUAUCCAACCUYGGUGUUAUCUUUGGACCAACUCUGAUGAGAGCACAAGAAGAAACUGUCGCUGCUAUGAUGAACAUUAAGUUUCAGAAUAUYGUCGUUGAAAUCCUGAUAGAGCAUUAUGAGAAGAUAUUUCAYACUGCACCAGACCCCAAUAUUCCUCUUCCCCAGCCUCAGUCCAGAUCGAGUUCAAGAAGAACAAGAGCAAUUUGUCUCUCCACAGGUUCACGUAAACCCAAAGGAAGAUACACACCGUGUCUAGCUGAUCCUGACAGUGACUCGUACAGCAGUAGCCCUGACAGCACUCCCAUGGGCAGCAUUGAAUCUYUGUCUUCUCACUCCUCGGAGCAGAACAGCACCACCAAGUGCACCCCCUCACAGCCAAGGGAGAAAUCGGGAGGGAUUCCAUGGAUUGCCUCUCCCCCUUCUUCCAAUGGCCAGAAAAGUUCAGGCCUGUGGACUACAAGUCCAGAAUCCUCAUCAAAGGAGGAUGCAACCAAAACAGAUGUGGAAUCAGACUGCCAAAGUGUAGCUUCUGUCACUGGACCAGAGAAUGCCUCUCCACCAACAGACCUGACCAAAAAGAGUUCCUACAGUCUGUCUGGACUGAAAAGGUCUUCAGCAUCUUCCCUUAGAUCAAUUCCAUCAGCUGAAGGUAGCAAAACCUGCAGUGGAUCUAUACAGAGCUUAUCUUCAGCAGAUACCAAAGAUACACUAAAGGCGCCACCAAACCCUGAUUUGCCUCCCAAAAUGUGCAGGAGAUUAAGAUUAGAUACUGCAUCAAGUAAUGGCUAUCAAAGACCAGGAUCUGUAGUGGCUGCAAGAGCGCAGUUGUUCGAAAGUGCUGGUUCACUUAAACAAGUUUCUUCAGGACGACAAGCAAAAGCCAUGUAUUCCUGUAAGGCUGAGCAUAGUCAUGAGCUGUCUUUCCCACAGGGGGCAAUAUUUUCCAAUGUGUAUCCAUCAGUGGAACCAGGCUGGUUAAAGGCAACUUACGAAGGCAAAACAGGGCUAGUWCCUGAGAAUUAUGUUGUCUUCCUGUAGUAAUCUUUAGUGGACAGCAAUAUCUUCAUGGUAUCCAUGGUAACAAAUAAUAAGCACUAUGAUUUUUAUCUGACACAGAUAUGGGAUCAGCCCCUUAGCUGAGUGGUAGAUUUCCUUCAGAUGCUGCAGCUGCAGGUUACAGAGCUCCCUGCCAACGGAACAGAAUGUGAUGAAACAGUUAACAGUUUCUGUACUGAGGAUGGUACUCUGUUUAAAUAACUUCCAUUGUUUUCAAAAGGUUGUUCUGUUCUUCUUUUAUGGGUAAGGAACACUAGAGCAAUAAAAUUUUAAAGAAAAUGCUAUUUAGCUGCAGACUUUCAGGUCYGAGGAUGUUGCUCACAGAAGUGUGAAAUUUAGAGGCAAUGCACUCUGACAUUUCUUGCAAUCUGUGUUUUUCAAUAGGGAAAAUCGUGGGCUUUUUCAUAAUGUAAGUACUGCUUCUAUUGUGAUCUGAAUUCUCCCUUAGAAAACUUGAUUCUAAAAUUAAUCCUAAUCAUUUCAARUAAGAAAUUACUUUUCCAUAAAUCAGAAGUUUGAACUUCUGUUAGGCAUUGAGUYACAAUAUGAUAUAGAAUUUAUACAACUGAUAAUAUCAGUUUAUACACUGUCUGAACAGUGAGUGCUCAUUCAAAAUGUGAUAUGUUUAAUGAAUGUUUCWUUGAAAUACUUAUUAGAUUUCUUUCCUUCUUUCUGUAUCAGCAUAGGUAAUAUUAACAACUUUUAUUUCAAUGAUAUCUAUUAUCUGGCAGAUACUCUCUCUGUGUCCCAGAACAUCUGUAGRAAACMAGGAGAUGCUGAAUYUGGACUGAUUUGCAGUCAUGUGAAAUGAGCAGUGAAAAACAGCAGUACGUUUAAAACCUGAGAUAAAUUGUAACUCAUUCUUUUUCCAUUGCAAAUAAGACAAAUGACCUGUGAACUAGCCAAUUUUAUAAGCUAUGAAUGCUAAAAGCUCCAUGUAGCAAUAUAAUUACUUAGUGUUAUUUCUCCUGACUUCUGCUAAAAUAUUUGACAAAGAUUCUCUCCUUACACAGAAUAAAAAAUUCUUACUUUUUAAAGGUGUUGUAAAGACCUUUUGAAUGCUCCUUGUAGAACUGAAAAGAAAAAAACAACCAAACAAAAAAAACCCAAAAUAAAAUCAAGUCAAAGAAAACCCCAGAAACCAUAGGCAGCUUUCUCAAUCUGAGCAUUUUACUUGUACACCUUGCGGGAAAACAUGCACUGCCUGCCUGGCUACUUACCAUUCCUGAUUAAAAACCAAGACUUUUAAGCUCCAUAUUAGUAUUUCUUCAAYAUCAGUGCUUCCAAAAGAAUUCAGUUUCAUAGAACUAUCUAGGCUUAGUUUCUUAGAUCUGUCAAGGCUCAGUUCUUUCUCAGUAGCAGAAAUUAAAUCUUGUGUUGAUUUCUUAAGUUGUACACUACUUUGAGAAAGUUUAAGGAAGAACUGCUGUUAGAACUAAAAACAUCAGUAAUUUUUUAACCGUGCUUUUUUUUUCCGUAGUCUUUUUUUUUGUUUGUUUGAAUUGAAAAGUAGGAUUCUUUGCYAACACGAAGAAGCACAACAGAGCAUUCCUUACUUAUAUGUAGUGCAUGAAUUCUUCAGAGCAGUUGCCAGAAUUCAGGCUGGUGGCAGAAGCCUGCAGAAUCUUUCUCCUCACUAAUUCAAGUAUUGAGUGAUGCUCAGAGAAAGAGAGAGGCUCAAAGAACAUCCCUCCUAAAAAGGUCUAGCUUUUCAUAGGGGAGGUCUGAGCAAGAUUGACUGAGCAACCCAGCAUUGAGGACAGACCCCUUGCAUUAGUGACCGACUUUCUUAACCCUAAACAGUUUCAUUAAGUCCCAAAAACAUGUUUCACUUCACUUCAAAUCCAGACUAUGCCCAGUGCAUUGUGAUGAAGAUUUGUCCCAGAUCACUGGCAGUAAAGACAGACACGUGUGCUCAUCUGAUUUGCCCAGAGCAGAUGUGAAAGGAAGUGAAGGUCUUUUCUCAGCUGAUUGAAUCUUUCUUCAUUUUAAGGCAAGCCAAGUUUUCUUAGUCUAAGUUGUGCCUGAAGCUUCCAUUGCCUUGAGAAGACCAACGUGGUUUUGGUUGUAUUUUUGUUGUAUUUCACAAUCGAACAACUGUGGGCUGUCAAAAGGUUUCCCUCUGGUGACCUUUCCAGGGGAAGUGCUGCUGCAGGCAAAAAGGCACAGGAGGGAAGUAGAGCUUCGAGCAGAGGUUGCUGGCCCAGGRUAUCUCAGACAGGCAGAAAAACACAGUGAUCAGGGGGGAAAAUCCCAGCUUCUGUCUGUUGCUGGGGG